CUCUCUCCCUCGCUCCCUUUCCCUCUCUCUCCCUCCUCGCUUUGCCAGUACCAGAGCUCUCCGACUGGCAACCAACUAGAGCAUUGUGUCUUCUUGGCGAAGAAAGUGAGAGACAGAUAGGACAGUGACAAACAGAGAGAGCGGGGAAGAGUGAGAGAGGUGAGAAUGACACAGGGAAGGGGGCACGGUAGAGACCCUGACCAUCCAUCUCUUUGAGAGCGUCUUCGUUCAAAGGAGUAACUUCACAGCAGAAAACAAAUAUAUACGAUUGGACUGCCUUUUGGUCUCAUUCUGACUUGAAUAUUUGGGACUUUUUAAAUUUUUAUUUCUAAUUAUUUAUUAGUAGAUUAUUUUUUAAGGUAUCCACCUGAGGGUGAGGGUUUGACCUCAGCGACUGAGCGACAAUGACAGGCUGCCGUGGAAUGUGAGCGAACUGAAGGAGGAGGAGUUGGAGGAGGUUAAACACAGCGGAGAUGCAACAUGUGCGUUCACAGAUCACUUGAACUCUGACGGCUUUUGCAUAACUGACGCAUGAGCCACAUUGGACAUUAUUAUAAUAUAUCUAGUCUUUGAUAUCAAUCCAAUCUUCACCGGUCUGGAAAAGUUUGAAUGUUUAAAAGGAUUUUGACUCACAUCCUCAAAAUACACACAGACAGACAGACUCGUUUAGACCAGCCACUGGAGACUUUGUCAAAGCCUAGAAUCUGCUGCUCAGGAUGUACUGUGAGAAAAACAGUUAUCCAGUUCAAAUCAGACCGCAAAAACCACCUGGGCUCCACGCUGCAGCCACAGACGAUACCACAGACGCUGCCGUUCAUUCAUGACUGCAACACACAAAAAUGAACACAUUUGUUCCAUUUGCACCUUCUCUGAUGUGCUAGUGAGGGAAUAAAUAUAGACUCAGGUUUACUCACCCACACACACUCCAGAUACAGUUACAAUCAUAAAACCACCAGCAGAGAUAACACAAGCCUGGACUAGAGGGUAGCUGCAGCUUCAUCCAAGAAGCAUAUGAUCUGCACUGACAGAUACUAAACUCACAUCUAAUCCUGGCAUGAAUAAGAGCAACUGAUGGAUUUCAGGUUGGCCAGAGGGAAAUUUACAUUUUUAGUGACGUAAAGCAGUAAAAUAUUGCUAAAUCUGCAGGAAAGUGGAACAAAGGAAAAGGAAAUAAGGGUUAAAAGUCACCACUAUGGAACCGACACACACACAUGGUUAGAAGAGGCUCAGAGAGCUGUGUCGGUCAAUCUGAAGGUGGUCCACGUAACCAUGUUAGUUACUCUCAUACAAGUAUAAAAACACAGCAGAGACGAGACACACUUGCAGCGCACACACUGGACAGCUGAGAGGGAGAAGAGCUUUGGAUUCCCCCAGAGACUGAACCACCAUGAUGGAGAAGCUGAAAACCACCAGCCCACCUGCCUCACCCCCAGAGCUACCUCGCCCCUCUUCCACCUCCUUCUCUGCUGCCUCCCCAUCCUGUGCCUCAGUGGAGCAGCACAGUCCUCCCCAGAACCAGGCUUUAGCAUCCCCGGACGCCAUCAGCAGCCUACAUCCUACUAACAAGACAGGGCGCACGGGGCACACGGAUGUCCCCGCUCCAGGCUCGAUUCAGUCCCCCAUCACCACGACGAUGGUGUUAACCAAUCACCACACAGACACAGCGGCUGCACCUGAGUCCAUUGUCAUGGAGACCAAACAAGAGCAGGAGGAGAUGCAAGGAGGACCCACAACCACCGCCACAGGCCCUGUUGCUUCUGCCAGUGGGUCUCCAACACUUUCCUCUCCACCUCCACUCCUCCCAGCACCAGCGAAGACCUCCCCCUGCCCUUUGCCACCUCCAACCUCCACAUCAUCUUUCUCCUUAUCCUCUUCAUCUACUCCUCUUCCUCCCCACAUUCCAGUCAUCAGCCUCAGCCACAGCAAGCCCCCUCUCCCCCUCCCCAACACCCCUUUGACUGCCCUCCAUCCAAUUCCCAGUCUCUUACACCGGCCCCAUGGGGACCUUUGUCGCAGCCAGCUGACCUGUUUGCCCGUGGCCACCUCUGGAGGCCCUGGAGCUUCUGGAGGUUCUUCAGCUCCCUCCCCGGGACCCCUGUUGCCUCAGCAGUACCUGCCUGCGCACACCUUCUUCACUGGCUCUUUCCUGGCGUCCUCAGGAGGAAACUAUGGUGUCAUCAAUACCAGCCGGAUCAAGAGGAGGCCCUCAUCACACUUUGAGAUGGAGAUCAAUGACUGUCCUCCUCAGAAACUUGCUCGCCGUGUCUUCACCAACUCCCGUGAGCGCUGGCGACAGCAGAAUGUGAACGGGGCUUUCUCUGAGCUCAGAAAACUCAUUCCCACACACCCACCUGAUAAGAAGCUCAGCAAGAAUGAAAUCCUUCGUCUGGCUGUGAAGUACAUCAACUUCUUGGUCACUCUGCUCAAUGACCAGGCCCAAGACAAGAGCAGGGACUCAGCCGAGGAUGAUGCUGAAGAUAUGCUUACUGCAGCUGGACUGGACAGCAACAAAGUAAACCCUGUUUUUCAGUCCCAUACUGCCCUGCCAUCUUCAGUCCGUCCCGCCUUGGCAACAGCCCACAGAGACAGAGACUCAACUGACUCAGUCAUUGCCAUGGCUAAUUCCCCAGCAACGUCCAGUUGCUAUGGGGACACGGACAGUGAGGAAAGCUAUGGGGCUAAGAGCUCUCUAGUGACCCAUGGCAUUCUGGGAACAGUCAAGGGUCAGAUAAGGCUGGUGGCAACCUCAAAUGAUCAGCGGUGACAGCAAAAGAUGGCAAACAAAGAGGCGCUCAAAUGGUGAGAGUUUAAAUGCCACACUGAUGGACAGGGCAGGAUACACAGCCGUAACUAGACGCCAGAAGUGUUUGAGUACACAAAGAUCACCUCCCAAAUAAGUAAGAGUUGGUUUUCCAGUGAUAUUUUGCAGUUUGUCUUUUCCAGUGAUGUGCAAACACUGAGUGUGAAGCUUUGUGUUUGAGUAAGAUAAUGACUUGUGCUCUGGGGCGAGCUGAAUCAAACUGACUGCUUUAGAUUCUUUUCUUUUAUCCACAAAACAAGGCUAACUAUCAUUUUGACAUUUGUGAGUUGACAUUGCUGUUUCUGAUCUUUCUGCCAUUCUUGUUGUUGGCGAAGCAGGGCCAAUGGUCCCACCCUGACAUUGUGACACACUUGUACCAGACAGAAAUAAAGCGUGUUUUAGUUUGCUGUUCCUUAUUUGA